AUGAGGACAAUAAACUCUUUUCUACUUAUUCUCCUACUUGGAGUUUUCGUUUCUUCAAUGCCCGUCACAGAAAAACGUGGAGACAGUUGUUAUAAUAAUGAAAUCUUUUCCCCUUUGGUUCUUCCUGAAAAAACUAAUUCACCCACAACUCGUAAAUACACUUUUAAAUUAUCUCAAACUACUUGGGCUCCUGAUGGUUACUCGAGUGCUGUUUCCCUUGUCAAUAGUCAAUAUCCUGGACCUAUCCUUCAAGCUUAUAAGGGUGAUACGUUCUCUAUAACUGUUGAAAAUGAUCUUCCUGUUGAAACCAGUUUCCAUUGGCAUGGAAUGUUUCAACGAGGAACUUCUUGGUUUGAUGGUGUACCUGCAGUGUCUGAAUGCACCAUCGCUCCGGGAUCUUCUUUAACUUAUGAAUUCAGCACAGAGGGACAAGUUGGAACUUAUUGGUGGCAUUCACAUUAUAUGGCUCAAUACAUUGAUGGCUUAUUGGGUCCUAUGAUCAUUCAUGAUUCCGAAGAUCCAAAUUUGAAAGAUUACGAUUAUGAUUAUGUUCCUAUACCCGAUUCUGGUCUUAUAAGUGGAAAGGGUCAAUACUCUGAUAAAAAUUCCGAAUUGGCUACUUAUAAAGUUCAAAAAGGAAAGAAAUAUAGAUUCAGAGUUGUUAAUACUGGUGCUUAUGCAUUCUACACUUUCUCGAUCGACGGCCAUAAAAUGAAAGUGAUUGAAGUUGAAGGAACUUAUGUAGAACCUUUCGAAGUUACCACCCUUCCUCUUCAUAUUGCUCAACGAUACUCUGUAAUUGUUGAAGCUGAUCAAGAUGAAAAGGACUAUUGGAUACGCGCUACUAUGUCUUCAGAAUGUCUGCCUAGUGAUAACUUGACAAUUAACCAUGACUCAAAAAUCAACUAUAAUGUCACUGCUAUACUUUCUUAUGAAGGAUCCAGUUCUGGCGGUAGUCCUGACUCUCAAGCAUACACUGAUGAUGUUACUCCAUGCAGGAAUCUUGAUUCUAAAUUAAUAAAACCCUUGACUGCCAAUCCACCUAAGGAUGCUACUCAAUCAAUUUCAUAUACCGUAUCAUUUGGCGCUAGCCCCGAAGGAGUUGUCGAAGCAUUAAUGAAUAACUCAACUUAUGUUCCAGAUUAUAACAACCCGACAACUCAGAAAAUUAUGACUGAAAAUAUGGAAGUAAAAGAUUUAUCAUCAUCACAAAAUGCAGUAGGAUUGAAUGAUGACAAGGGUGUUGCUGAAAUUGUCGUGUGGAAUGGUACAGGAACCACUUAUGACAAAAGUUCUUUAAAUACUGAUAACCCCCCUAUUCGUGAUACUACAGUAGUUCCAUCUUGGGGUUGGUCAGUCAUACGUUUCAACAUUGAUAAUCCUGGUGUUUGGGUAUUCCAUUGUCAUAUCGAAUGGCACAUUCAAAUUGGAAUGCUUGCACAACUGGUCGAACUACCUGAUCAAUUAAAAUCUCAAAAAUUACCUGAUAGUAUUGCAGGACAUUCCAAAAUUUUUUAA